AUGCUGGCGGCGGCGGCGGCUUCUUGGGCCGGCCUGGCUCUCCUCUGGGCGGCGGGCGGCUGCGCUGGGGACGCGGGGGGCUACCGGAGGAGGCUCUGGGAAUACAACGGAAGCAACUUGUUGGACCCGGUCCAGGCGGGACAGGUCUACCCCAGCUACAACCUGGGCAACUUCACCUGGGCCAGCCUGGAUGGACAGCUGAAUGAAACGGCCCUCAGCGCCAACUUCCAGGGCUCCAGCCGCGAAGGCACCUUCGCAAACGGGAGCAUCUCUUUCAAGGUGACGGCGUACGAGGAGGGUAGCCGCGACAGGCCUCUCCCACGCCUUCUGCACAGCGCCAACAGCUCCAAGGUGGAGUUCGCCAUGGAGGGCGUAGUGCCCCGGGGGAACCACUCCCGCUUUGCCCUGGAGAUCCUGGCGGUCGAGGAGGGGAACCGGAGGAAGCAGCUGCAGUCGGCCCGCUCCAUCGAUGACGAAUAUACCCCAACCAUUUUUGAGAUGGCCCAGCUGACCUCUGAGCCUCACAACCACAGCUUGGGGUCCAGCUUCCUGCAGUGGAAGACGGCCGCCUACAACUCUAAAACGCCCCGUCGGGAAAACACCGUCCACUGUCAGUAUUACCCCCUCCAGGCGAUGCGCACCCUCGGCCCCGAGUUCAGGAUUCUCCAGGCUUACUUCGGGGAGGACGUCGAGCAGCGCUGCAGCCUGUCUGCCCUCAAUAUCUCUUUUGGCAGUGAAGACAGCGAAGACUACAGCGAGAAGAGAUACUUGAGCUGGUCUGCCUUGGUGGGUUUUGGGGAGCCCCCACGUGAGGGCUUCUCUGUGCUGGUCAUCGGGAUCCUGGCCGUGGCGCUGGGCACCCCGGCGGUGCUUCUCAUCGUGGGCAGCCUGGCGGUGCUCACGAGGCAGCAGAAACAGUGUUCGGAGUACGAGCCCAUCAACUGACGGGCAGCCCGAAGUGGCCCCCUUCUCCGGGGACCGAAUUUUACGGACAGACCAACCGAGCUUCCUGGGCCGUUUUUGCAAAGGUGCCAGUCUCAGCUGCCCCCGUGGGGUCGGGCUUAUUUAUUGUUUUCCCCUAAAGGGGGCAGAAUUCAUCUCAAAAAAAAAAUCGGAAUAAUCAGGAUUUCUGGAGAGGGACGUGUUCUCCGGGCCUUCUCCUUGCAUUGACAAGGAUUUUGUGGAUUUCUGGGGUGACAGCAACACAGGGCCCUGCUGUUGGGUCGAGCAGGAAUGGGACAUGACUUAACACAGAGGCCUCCAAACUUGGAACUUUAAGACUUGUGGACUUCAACUCCCAGAAUUCUCCAGCCAGCAUAGCUGACUCUCUUGUAAUCUCUUCCUCUGCAAUCGCUCUCUAUUUUACGAGAUUAAG